UUCCAGCAACAGUCAGGACGCCAAUCAUGCUCGUAUCGACUAUCUAAUCGUAACACUCAUAACAACUGAAAUGAAUUAUUUCAUAUUGAUUUUGCCUAUUUUGCCUUACCUCUUUGGACCAGCAGUCUGCUCGGAAGAUGAGACCAGAUUAGUGAAGACUUUGUUUACCGGAUAUAACAAGGUUGUUCGUCCUGUUGGCCAUUUUAAGGAUCCAGUAGUAGUUACUGUGGGGCUGCAACUCAUUCAGCUGAUUAGCGUGGAUGAAGUUAAUCAGAUUGUCACCAGUAAUGUACGGCUAAAACAGCAAUGGAAGGAUGUGCAUCUGCAGUGGAAUCCGGACGAUUACGGGGGCAUCAGGAAGAUCAGGAUCCCCUCCACUGACCUCUGGAAACCCGAUUUAGUGCUUUAUAACAAUGCUGAUGGAGACUUUGCCAUCGUUCACGAGACAAAGGUCUUGUUGGAGCACACCGGCAUGAUAACGUGGACUCCGCCGGCGAUCUUCAAGAGCUACUGUGAGAUCGUGGUGCUUCACUUUCCCUUCGACCUGCAGAACUGCAGUAUGAAACUGGGAACCUGGACUUAUGAUGGCAACCUUGUGAUCAUCAACCCAGACAGCGACAGGCCAGACCUCAGUAAUUUCAUGGAGAGCGGCGAGUGGGUGAUGAAGGACUACAGGAGCUGGAAACACUGGGUUUAUUACGCCUGCUGUCCUGAUACGCCAUACCUUGACAUCACAUAUCACUUCCUCCUGUUGCGCUUGCCGCUCUACUUCAUCGUGAACGUCAUCAUCCCUUGCAUGCUGUUCUCCUUCCUCACUGGGCUUGUGUUCUACCUGCCCACAGACUCUGGUGAGAAGAUGACCCUCAGCAUCUCUGUCCUGCUCUCUCUGACUGUGUUCUUGCUGGUGAUCGUGGAGUUGAUCCCGUCCACCUCCAGUGCUGUUCCGCUCAUCGGCAAAUACAUGCUCUUCACUAUGAUCUUCGUCAUUGCUUCCAUCAUCAUCACUGUGAUCGUUAUCAACACACACCACCGCUCGCCCAGCACACACAUCAUGCCUGCCUGGGUCCGCAAGAUCUUCAUCGACACCAUUCCAAAUAUGAUGUUUUUCUCCACCAUGAAGCGACCCUCCCAGGAACGCCAGGAAAAACGUCUAUUUCCUGCUGACUUUGACAUCUCUGACAUUUCAGGGAAACCCAUGCCAGCCUCCGUCACUUACCACUCUCCCAUAACCAAAAAUCCUGAUGUACGCAGUGCUAUUGAAGGCGUCAAAUACAUUGCAGACACCAUGAAGAGCGACGAGGAGUCCAACAACGCCGCAGAGGAGUGGAAGUUUGUCGCUAUGGUCCUGGAUCACAUUCUCCUGUGUGUGUUCAUGGCAGUGUGUAUUAUUGGUACAUUAGGGGUUUUUGCCGGACGCCUGAUUGAGCUCAGCAUGCUGUGAGAACCCAAAGGCUCAAACGAAGCCUUGAGUGACUAUAUGCUUUGAAAGUUUGCAGAGCUUUAGCAAAGAGGAUGCCUGAUCAAACCAGAUGCUCAGUCAGUAAACAUAUAUCAAAACCUGGACAACAACACCAGCUGAAUGCUUAAAUGCUCAUGUGAAGUAGUAAAUAUAACACACAGCUCAUGUUUCUGAUAAUACAGUUGCUCACUCCUAUUUAUGCCAGUAUGGCGUGUGCGUAUUUAUCUGCACGGAAGUAAAGAAAUAAGUGUGGGGUUAAUUUGAUGUUGUACUAUUUAUUGUAUUUUAUUCUGUUUGUUUUUAUAGUGUUUGUAUUUAUUUGUUUUUUUGGUCUGCGUUUUUCAUGGUUACCGAUGUACUUGAAUUGCUUGAUACUUACAUUGAUACAAUUCAUAAACUGAAUUUGAUGGGUUAUUUUCAACAGAACAACAAAAGAAUUAAACCGAAAGUGCAAACAUUUAAUAUUUAGUACACUAUUUGACAUAUCUUUGAUUGGCAGUUUGUCUCUGUGUAUUUGGUUUGAUUAUCAUAAUCAUGUAAUGGUUAAUUUACAUUUAUUUUGUUAGUUUUAAAAGACUUUUUGAUUAAAUAAACAAGCCUAAAAUGUAACAUUUGUUGUGUAAAGCCUAAUAAACUACUCUUAAAAUCA